CUAGAACGCUCACUGUUCAGUAGUUUCGGCCUGGACUCUUCCCUUUCAUAUCGACUUAUUACAUGGGUUUCUCUCGAUACCUCGCGUCCUUUGUCGCCUUAUUCGCCAUAUUUGUGUCGUUCAACUUUUACAACAACCCUCUCAUCUCCGAAAUCACAAUGACUGGUCCAGCAAUGAAAGCGUUCGAAACGCCUGAAGUUUUGAAGCAAGUGAAGAGGAUGCAAGAUGUGGCGACGUUGGAAAGGCCACAAUUGCCUUCUGAUCGAGGUGCAUGGGCCAUGGCUUGGCUACAUCUUGUCAUUUGGAACUCGUGGAAAAGCGCAUACUAUUACGCUGACAAGCACCCUAAAGAAGACUUUGCAAAUUACGCAGAAUACGCUUGGACUGCAGUGGAAUUCUUGGAGGGACACCACGAUGCUGAGGAAAAGGCUCUCUUUCCGGCUCUUGAAAAGAAGAUCCCUGGCUCUAUGGAGAAGAAUGAAGCUCAGCACGAAUUUUUCUUGAAACCGCUCGUCGACCUUGGUGAAUACAUCAAGUCUGCGAGAGACGGCAAGUCUGUAUUUGAUGCAAAGAUAUAUCGUGAACAAGUUGACAAAAUUCUUCUCCCAGUCAUGGAACACCUAGCAGAUGAGCUUGACACGCUCAAAGGCAGUACGGUAUGUGUCACAAACCUUCGGAAGACAAUUUAUAAUUCUCGUUCCAGCUCCUUCAACACUUCACCGAGGACGAACUUGCUGCUCUGAACACUUUGGCGCAUAAAUCUCAACAAGGGGAUACCCACAAGAACCUUCCUUUCAUUCUACAGAACCUUCCCCCGAAUAGUCCGUUCCCGCCCGCCCCAGCAUUUGUGACGAAAAUGCUUGGUCCAUGGGUGUUUUACUGGAAGUACCGUCCUUUAUGGAAGUACGCCACUUAUCCGUUCAAGCCGACGUUACCAACCACGGUCCCACAAACUUCCUUGUAAACGAAUCCUGAUGAGUUUUAAAUUGACCUAUUGCUAUCUGCACAAAACGUUUGUUUCAGAACGAUGGUUUUGACGCGGUUCAGUAGGUCGAGUUAGCUGUACAUGUACCCGAUUUCUCCGCGACAAGUAUCCGGCACGUCACUUCUGGUUGCGCGGACGGCGAAAUUCGUAUAUCAAGUAGUGACCCUAUGGCAGCGCAAACUUAUGGAAGGUUUUCGGUGGUUUGAGGAGGAUGUCGGCGACAGUGGGGAGGAUAGUGCAGAGGAGGACAUGGCGGAUGUCAACAGCGACGAUUGUGACUUCAGAUCACAUGACGAUGAUCGUGAAUAAUGUUCUCCAAUUUAGUAUCAGUACUACGGUACACUAGCUGUUUGUCUAACUUGCGUUAAUGUGUAGAGUAGUACGACGCUGCUGUACUCCCUAUAGUCUACCGCCUCCAAAGAGGGGUGAGCUCGCUCUGGGGUUGUAUAGCAGUGCCGGUGGUUCCCGUGUGGGACCAUACCGUG